AUGUUGCAGGGCAACUCGAGCGCUGGUUAUCUCGCACUGGUCGAGACCGAUUUUAACAACAUGUUGCUGGCCAACUUUUGUACAGUUGCCGCCAUGAUGCUUCUUCUGUAUGAUUACAUUUUGACAUUCGCUCAAGAAAUCCAAUGUAUCUGGAGACGCAAGUUUUCCGGUGCAACCGUUCUCUUCUUUCUCAAUCGCUACCUCAGCAUCAUAUACCGCAUCCUUAUGCUACUAGUCAUUCUUCCCUGGCAAUACCUGCCUCAGCAGACUGCUGAUGAUGUGAUAACGAUCAUGUUGGACCUGAUCCUUGCUGUUUUCACGUCUUUGCGACUAUACGCUAUCUGGAACAGGGAUCGUCGAAUACUGAUUGCUGUUAUAUUGCUGGGGCUGGUGUCACCCGCCGCCAAUAUUUUCUAUUAUACGACACUCCAAGAAGAGGCUGCUCCUCCGCCCCUUUAUGGCUGUGCGGUGCGGGUUCAUAUGAGUGCGUCAGCGGGUGAAAUGUCAGUACCUGUUGGUCUGGUUGUAAUGCGACUGGCUGAUAACACUUUUAGCUUCGCCAUUUUCAACUGCGUUUUUGCUAUAUGCUCGGACGCCAUUGUCCUGAUUCUCACCUGGCUCAAAACAGCGGAGAUACAGCGAGCUUUUUCUUCUGCUCACGUGAAAGGAGGAAGCAUCUCAAGCUUGAUCCAGAGGGAUGGAACUGUCUAUUUCUUGACGUUACUAGUUCUGAACGUUGUCAAUCUGAUAGCGAUCAAAUUUCAGGACUAUGGUUGUAUUCCAGCUCUCACAGAAGUGCUAAGCUCGAUAUUGAUAUCGCGCUUCCUCCUUAAUCUGCGCGGCGUGUACCUCUCCGACUCUGAAUUACAAGAAGAUGCCAUCAACAAACUUUCCACUAAUCGUGAUUUAGGGACAUCUCAACUCUCUUCCCUCCGCUUCUCCUACAGCAUUGCAGGCAACCUCGGUGCCCCCUUGAACGACCUCCUGAGCGACGCAUAUUUUGAUGGCGGGAGCGAGCAUUCUUCCGUGCACGACGAUGUGGCAUACAUUUCUGCAAAUCCCCUUGCAGUCGGAUUCUUCGUGGACCACGCCGAGGACGAAGAUAUGACUCCUGAUAUACAAACACUCAAAGAGUACGCAUUUGGUUUUAGUGUUCAGAUAGUGCUGCGUGUGUGA